AAAGUAAUACAGAGUUAGAUUUAAAAGUAGAAGAUAAGAAGAAGGCUGAUAACAAAGAAUUAAAGAAAGAUAUGACAGAAGAGUUAGUGUAUGAACUAGAAAAGAUAUCACUUGUUAUAUUUAUAUUAAUGAAUAUUAAAAUUGUAGAAAAUGUACAAAGGAUAAGUAAAGAUAAUAAACAAAAAAAAACAUCAGUAAAGACAAAUACAAAUAAAGCAAACUAG